AUGUCUGCAGCCAUCCGAGUUCCAUCCGCGCGUUGUAAGCAACCUGGAGGGAGCCAGCCUGCAGCCAAUCUGCAGCCUAUAAUUUUCUCUCGGGUGGAGAGGCACGCAAGGAUCCACACCGGGGACAGGCCGUACCAGUGUGACGAGUGUGGGAGGAAGUUUAACCGAGAAGGCAAUCUCACUGUGCACAAGAGGAUUCAUUCUGGAGAAAAGCCGUACCAGUGUGAAGAGUGUGGGAAGAAAUUUAGUAUUGUGGGGAAUCUUUCUGUGCACAAGAGGAUUCAUACUGGGGAGAAGCCUUUUGAGUGUGACGUGUGUGGGAAGCAGUUUAACCGGGAAAGCAAUCUAACUGUGCACAAGAGGAUGCAUUCUGGGGAGAAGCCUUUCGAGUGUGACGAGUGCGAGAAGAAGUUCUCCCUUAAGCAGGUUCUAAUCGCACACAAGCGCACUCACACUGGAGAGAGGCCGUACGAGUGUGACGUGUGUGCGAUGAAGUUCAGUCAAGGAGCUCACCUCGCUGAACACAAGCGGAGGAUCCACACUGGAGAGAAGCCUUACGUGUGCAAGGUGUGCGGGAAGAAGUUCCGACAGCAGUCAGCUCUUCGCAAGCACGAGUCCAUUCAUAAAGGACAGUAGUCCAGUGUGAAGUAGUGCAAGUGCGGCGUUUGUGAAAAGCUGCAAGGCGAAAAUCACUUUCACUUUGAGGCGGCGAAGAAUGCGACGUGGCCAGGAAGUAGUCACAUACUUACGCGCGCAAAUACAGUUCAAACUUUUUUUUGAUGAUUUUUGCUGUUAAAAUGGUUGUUUUCGACAUGUUAAGCCAAAUAUCGGCUUAACUCAUCUGGCACUUUGUCGGACAGUCAUAUUUUGUUCUAAAUAAAUAUGGUUGACUGUGAAUUGUUUAAGUGACUUACUUUUUAAACUGCGCAUGCAGUUCAAACUGGUUUUAAUGAUUAUUUUCG